UUUCGACGGUCAGGUAUUUUUUGUAUAGAAAUGCUGCAAAAAAUGUUGAAAUUAAUAGUUUUCACUUGUUUUAUAACGCUGGGAGAUGCCGGUUUGGAUCUUUCGGUACUUCCCGAUACUAUGAAACAAGACCUAGUCACUGUUUUAUCAGGCAAGCCUUUACUAGACUCCCUAAUACGGAAAAAUGAGAUACUUCCAGAAAAUGUAAAAUUUUACUUAUGGGCUACCAAGAAAGCUGAAAAUUACACAUUAAUCGAUACUUCAAAUCCCACCGAAUUAGACAAAAAUGAUGUUACUAUCGUUUUUAUAAUACAUGGAUGGCUAGAAACUAGAGAAACUCCGUGGUAUGAGCCUUUAAAAAACGCAUUCUUUGAAAAGAACGAUCGAUACUACAUUAUAGAAGUAGACUGGUCCCCAUAUGCUUCACAGGAGUAUCUGGUAGCGGCAUUUGAUACUAAACCUGUUGGUGGUGUUAUUGGCCAGUUUAUUGCAAACCUACACAACAAUUAUUCAAUUCCCCUUGAUAAUUUCCUGGUAGUUGGUCACUCCUUGGGAGGACAAGUUUCAGGUUUUGUUGGAAAAAAAGUUCAAGAAAUAACACACACAAAGCUACCCAGAAUAAUUACUCUAGAUCCAGCUGGUCCCGCAUUCAAACUAAGAGAAGCAAGCGAAAGACUAAAUGCAACAGAUGCUGCUGUGGUAGUUGUAAUUCAUACCAAUGGCGGUAUUUUUGGAUUUAAGGAAAGUUGUGGUACGAUAGACUUUUUUCCGAAUGGAGGAAGCCUCCAACCUGGAUGUCCUGUUCAUACUGUAGCUGGUCCAAAUGAUCUCAGUCCAAGCAUUUUCUGUGCUCAUUGGAGAAGUUGGGGGUAUUUCAUUGAAGCUCUAUCAGCGCCUGACAGUUUCCAAGCAAGUCAAUGCAAAGUUCACUUGAAAUUGUUAAAUAAAGAUCUUUUGUGCACAAAUAGUGAAACGUUGGGUAACUUGGAGACCACGAAAACUGGAGACUUUUAUUUGACAACAAAUAGCGAGUCUCCAUAUAGUAAAUAAAAUUGCUUCUUAAUAAAGUAUAGUUGUUGGUAGUUAUCCGAUUCAAAGAGAUUUCUUUAU